AUGAUUCCAUUCUUCCAACGGUCUCGGGGAGAUCCCUGGCAUCGGAUCGGCCUUGCAUCCGCAUUCCCCGAUCUGAGCUCGAACCAACCUGAAGACUGCUCCAAGAUCACCCCCAGCUGCAAAGCCUUUUACAUUCCUAGCUCGAAUGGGUCUUCCAGUGGCGAUGCGCCAAAAGAAGCCGACAUUGAAGCCCCUGGAGACUUGAAGGACCAGGUUCUGGUAUUUCAAUACAAGGGCAAAUUUCACGCCGUCGAUCACUCGUGUCCUCAUUCAUCAUUCCCGCUUUCGCAGGCGAGCGUCUUUGACAUUGAAGAUUUUGGAAUCACGCUCAGUGCCGGUCUGACAUGCCCCAAACACGGGUGGUCUUUUGAUCUCUUUUCGGGACAAGGGGAUCGUGGGAACUACAAGUUGAAGAUUUGGGAGGUCGAAUUACGCGAGCCCGCAGUCUCGAGUGAAGAUGGUUCCAAAGGCGAUAUGGAGGUAUGGGUGAGGAGGAAGCAGCGCAUCGGCUAA